AUGCAGAGCAGUCUCAAUGAGUUCUACCCUUCUGCUAUCGCUUUAGGCAAUGCCACCAACGAGAACACACGUCCUUUCACAACUUUCACUCUCGACAAAAAUACUCCCGUGGUGACUUUGGAUUAUGGAUAUGAGGUUGCUGGAUACCCCUUCUUCCAAGUCACCAGCUUCAAGGGAAAGGUUCAGCUCGAAUCUAGGUUAGUGCUGUAA